UGUGUUUUUUUUAAUAUUAUUUAUUUAAUUAUUCACAUGGCACUGUAGCCACACAGGUGACUGGUUGUAUCACCUCACUAAGUUAAUUUCUUAUAGGUUUCUGGUGUCACAAGGUGUUUUUUUUAAGGUCACUGUAAAAAAAAUAAAAACUGGAUUCUCUGGAACAGGUUUUAAUUACAAGUCUGUCAUUGAUGCUACUUGUUUCAUGGAGAAAAAAAAGCUAACUUUCUCUCUCUUUUCAUUUUUUGGUGCUCCUUUUUGUUUUUUCUUUUAAAAAAAUCCCCCCCCCCCCUAACCCUACACCACUGUUGUUGAUAUCACCUCUAACCUGAUGCUUUUUUUGUCCAACGUGACUUGGUGCUGGAUUGGCUACUGAGUUUAUUAAUUUGGUUUUGUAUGUUUUUUCUGUGUGAUUAUGUGUGCAUAUCAGAUGACUAGACUGGCCCAGCUGUUACACUACACUAGCCUGAGUCAGGCAUUGUUUUCCAAGCCACUAUCCCCGAUCGGGCCAACGCAGCCUUCAAGGGGGGAAUGUGACCAGGAGAAUAGCCCGCUGAGCCUUCCAAGAUGGACACCUUGUCUCUUUUUAUUUAUUUUUCUUUUCUUUUUGGUUUGUUUCCUUUCAUACUUUCCCAUGUUGUCCACUUUCUACUGUCUUCUAUCUAGAAAAAAAAAAACAGUAUUGCUUAAUCUCUAGCGUUGUGUUUUUAUAUUUGUUAUUUUGGUUUGUUGUUUUGAUUAUUGUCCAACCCCCCACCCCCCUCUCUCUCUUCUGCUACAGCUGCAGCUUGUGUGUGAUUGAAUUCUGUCCAGGUUGCUACGGCAUACCGGUGGGAUGUGUAUCACACAUGGGAUGCUAGGAGGAUCACUAACACUUUACUCUCUUGUCACCUACUCCUGUUGACAUAGCGAGGGGGCUAUCUCAAAGUGAGACCCAGUAAUGAAAACUUUCACCGCACUUGAACGUAGAAUCUUUUUAAAUUCAACACGUAGGAGUUUUUCCCUCACAUUACAACAUGACAGCUCUGACAUGGAUGUUUUUUUAAGACUUUUAAUAAUAGCACAGGCACACUUCAGUCUUCUUUUUAACUUCGUGACACAUCCAUUAAUGCUUUGCGUCGCUACUUGUUGUUGAAACACAUUUCCUAGCUCUAGAAGAGUUCUUCGUGUUUAGACAAAUGGUAAUUCAUGCACAGUUCCUGCAGCUAUCAUGAAUUUCUUCAGAUUUUUGGAAUUCCUCAUUGGUUUGUUUGUUUUUUUUAUAGCUAAGUCUUGGUUAACAUUUCCUACAGUUCUUAAAAUUGUUGUUCUUUUCUGUAUCUGAUGUCCUGUGUGCUAUUAGUGAUGCAGCCAUUGGGGUUGUCUUGUGUUGCACACCUUUCCAACACUGCGAAACGAUCGCCCCUUCCCCCCCACGGAAAAGCGCCCAUGCUUGAUAUCGUAUGGUUCAUGACCAAUAUGUUUCCAGUACAGGGAAAAUCCCAGAGGAGGCCAAGGCCUUGUCUCUUUUGGCACCCGCCACCCCAGUACCCAGUCUGAUUCCUGGUGGGGGGCUGCUACCAAUUCCAACCCCAGCCCCGCUUCAGAAUCUGAACCUUCCCGUAGUGAAUCGGAUGUCAGCUGGUCUGGACGCCACAGCGUCGGUGUCGCAGCCUCCCCUCAUGGGAAAUGUGGAUCCCUCAAAAAUUGAUGAGAUCCGGAGGACCGUCUACGUCGGCAACCUGAACUCGCAGACCACCACUGCAGAGCAGCUGUUGGAGUUCUUCAAGCAGGUGGGAGACGUGAAGUUUGUGCGAAUGGCCGGAGACGAGACUCAGCCGACACGUUUCGCCUUCGUAGAGUUCGUCGAGCAGGAGUCCGUCGCCAGAGCGCUGACCUUCAAUGGAGUCAUGUUCGGAGACAGACCCCUCAAAGUUAAUCAUUCCAACAACGCCAUAGUAAAACCCCCAGAGAUGACGCCACAGGCCGCUGCUAAGGAGUUGGAAAGUGUGAUGAAGAGGGUGAGGGAAGCCCAGUCCACCAUCGCUGCUGCUAUAGAGCCAGCGGACAUAAAGAAGCGCUCCUCUAGUCGAUCCAGAAGAGGACGUCGAGUGUCCCGCUCGAGGUCACGGUCCCGUUCGCACUCGAGGACGCGCAGGAAAAGGUCGCGUUCGAAACACAGACCGCCACAGAGGUUGUGGCCGAGGGGCGACUCCCACAGUUCCAGAGGCGGUCACAAGAGGCGCUCUCGCUCCAGAGACAGGAGACACAGUCGAAGUCGCUCAAGGUGUGUCGGGAACAGAAACACGGGCCACAAGAGGAGGAGUAAAGAUCGGUCCAGGAGCCCUCGGAGGAAAGCCAGAUCACCCUCACCGAAAAGAGGCAAAAAAGACAAGAAGAGGGAUCGGAGCAGGGACAGAAAAGACCGCUCCGCAUCCAGAAAAAGAAGCCGCAAGGACGAGGACAGGAUAAAGAGCAAGGCGAAGCCAGUGAAGGUGGAAAGGGACUACGACAGACAGAGGGACGAGUUCGAAAGCGACCGGGAAGACUCGGUGACGCUCAGCGAGGACAUGACGUCGUCGCCCUGCACCCAGCACAACGGCAGCUACAAGACUCACAGCGAGGAGGACGCGUCCAUGGGCGCAGACGGCACCAAGUGACUUUACCACGACACCGCGGACACUAAUCUCGUUCCAAUCGGACGAUCUCAGCGCCCAUCGCGUACAAAAACACCAGAUAAACCACCGUGUUUCGUCCCACGUCAUCGUCUCCUGUCGUACGACCCGGUUUCUACUGUACGUUCUUGGCAACACAUGGAUCCUGUAAUUCAGCUCAGCAUCCCACCUCGAGGCCAAGUGAGCACGCGUUGCAGCAAAGUGGUAUCAAGUAAUGCAACAAAACAACACUAAAAAGCUCUAAAACUACCAUAAAGUCGUGUCAAUGCCUCGACGUCCGGACAAAAGAAGCUUCCCAAACAGUUUAUUGUUCAUAACUUUUAACUUUUUCCAGUGAUUCUUUCUGUUUAGAUACUAAAACUGUAGCGGAUGAGUAGAAUGUGCAGGCCUGAAUCUUUAUCUCCAUUCCUCCAGUGCCAUCGUCAAAAAAUCUGAUCAGUAUUCACGUCAUACUGUAGUACGUACGCCUUGUUUCCUUCAAAGCGUUUGAUCUAAAUAUUGCAAACGAUAACAUGCAGCAACAGUCAGCGUUAACGGUAAUGAAGUGUUUCUUACGUUGCGCUUAAUUUACUGUACUUCUGAGCAAAGUCUGUCAGCGGUAGAGACGUUAAAGUUCCUCCUGCCUGCAGUGUGUGAGAAUCGGCAGCAGAGUGCACUCCCUGAAUGAGUCACAGAUACACAAAGGCUCGAUAGGUGUGCAAAGAGUGGCAUAAAAACACACAAACGAAGGCUUGGACCGGCAGCUACUGUGGAUUACAAGACAUUUGAAGCUUGGCACAUUUCCUCAGGCAGCAUUUUAAUACAUUUAGAUUAAAAAUUUCUGCGAAUUAUUAUUGUGUAAAGUUCCUCCUACAUGUGUGGCCCGCUGACGGUAAAAUAACGUCACUUUUUUAGCUGGAAAUGAGUGAAUUUUAGGGAUGUUUGUGACAUUCUGCAGUUGAGUCAUCAGUUUCUCGUACGGCUUCUCGUUUAUCACACGUUGGUUUUCAGAGAGAGCGAGAGAGAGAGCGGUGCCGCUCGAGCACUUGUUGAGCAGCGGAUACAGUUGCAUUUUGUCAAUGCAUAAACAGAAAUGAGAAGAAAAGUACAGCUCGACAACAAGACUCUUACCAGUUUACCAAUUUCUACCAGAUCCUUUUUAUUAGCCGGCUGAAAUGUGACACCUCCUGAAGUAAAAAUAAACUCGCCUCUCCGGCUGAGGCCUCAGGGGGGUGUGACUGUUUACUCGUAACUGCUGCUCGGGCCUUUUCGUGGCUGUCGUAGCAACUUCCCGUAUUCAGCUUUGCGUCUUUACUGAGUGAAACGAAAAUUAUGAUCAAAGAAUGUAGAGUGUAAAGGUAGAAACAUAACUUGUGCUAAAAUGCUCAUUCGCCCCUUCGUUCAAGAACGGUUUGAACUCGCAGGUCCGUGAAGUGGCCUUUUAUUCCCAACCCCCCGCCCCCCACUAUUAUUUACAUUUGUUUGCCUGUUGCUAUGACGUUUUAGUAAACAAAUCACACAUUUCUCAUUUGGUCAACAUGCACACAGUGUUUCACUUCCUGUUUUUGUUUUAUGGAUGUACAUUUACUUGCUUUUUUAAAAAAUAUAUAUACAUAUAUAAAUAUAUAUGUAUGAUUACAAGUAGUCAUAACAAGAUCACAAUGUAUCAUGUUCAUUUUCUUGUUAUUGUUGUAAUGCUGUGAGAUAAAAAAACAAACUAUUAAGUGUUUUAUAGAUAAAAUACAGGCCUAUACUGUAAAAAAAGAUGACGGUGGUGGUGUGCGAAAUGUCCGUCAGCUCGUAUUGCUGGGUGAGAAAGGUGAGACCGAGCUCACAGGAUGUAUGUCACAGGUAAACAAACAGAAGGGUCAAAAAAAAGUGCCUAGACUAAGAUUGUACAGAAUAUUCUGAUAAAAUAUGGAGACUUAUUGACAGAUUCAACCUGAAUUUAUUGUAAAUGAUGUUUAACAGCUAUAUUAAAGUAUUGUCUUUUAGUAAUUAAUAGCAGACUAGGCUGAACGUCGAUGGGACUUUUGUGGUUUUUCAUUUUGUUUGUCUUUUUUUUUUUUAUGUUGCAGUUUGCAGUAUUGUGAGUGUGUCAAAAAAUGUCUCAUUUUUGUGCAAACUGGCCCAUAGAUGGAGAUUUUUCUAAGAUUCUAUGAAAGCUCGUUCUAUUUUAAGAAAAUGACUUCAUGACUGUCUUCGCCAAAUUCCUCUUCUUCAUUUAUUUCUCGUCUGUCCCUGCUCUGUUUCGUUUUUUUGUUUUUUUUCUCUUGAGUUUAAAGUGGCGAACUCCUGAUACAGUUUAGUAAAAGAAAAAAGAGUUUCGACACAACUGACAGUAUGUGAAGAAUCUUAUUUUUUUAUACCCGUUAUGUACGGUAUAUACUGUAGGAACAAUUCACAGUUUGCUCCUCGGGGGAUCGGGCACUUGAUAUCCGUGUUUGGGACUUGAUGUAAAAGGUUUGGCGUGGGUUGUAUGUAUGUGGUGGUCCUCUGAAAAACAUUCAAUAAAGAGACUUUUCAUUCA